ACUAUGGCGUUCGACAACAUCAUAAAGCUUUUAUCCGCUUUGGACGCCGUCAAGCAUCUCAAGCGGACAGGUUGGGUACACUCGAAUGUUGGUAAUAAUUUGCAAUUUUCCGAAGUUCCGGAACCGGAAACUGUGGCUUCCCAUAUGUAUCGCAUGGCUGUGCUCGCUAUGUCUUUAGAAGGACAAAUUGAAGGCUUGAGUGUGGUUCGAGCAGUGUAUAUGUGUUUGGUGCACGACCUAGCUGAAGCAAUCGUAGGAGAUAUCACACCGCAUUGUGGCAUAAGCGAUGAAGAGAAGUUUGAAAGGGAAAAUAAGGCCAUACAAAAAAUUGCCUCAUUUGUUCCUGUCGCUGCCGUCGGUCAUCAAUGGAUAGAGCUCUGGAGAGACUACGAGGCACAGGAGACUUUAGAAGCAAAAGUAGUGAAGCAUCUUGACAAGUUUGAUAUGAUAGCGCAGGCCUUUGAUUAUGAGCGAAAAUACGGCCUUGAUUUAUCUCCCUUUUUUGAGUCAACUAAAUCGGCAUUUACGAUGGCUCCAUUUGUCACAUGGGAUAUUGAGCUUCGAAAACAACGUGACCAGUGGGUAAAAGAUCGCAGUAUGGGUAAUAAGUAG